AGCAAGAGGAAGUAGACAUGGUUGAUGGUACACAGACCAACUACACAGUAAAUCUGAGAAAGGAAAAGAACAAAAGAGAAAAAAGAUGGCUUCAGAUUCUGAGCCAACAGCUUCCAAAAUUGUUGCGAAGCUAAAUUUGAAGCCACACCCAGAAGGCGGAUUCUACUCUGAAACAUUCAGAGACUUCUCUGUUACUCUCUCCAAAUCCCACCUUCCACCUACUUAUAAGGUUGAUCGACCUAUCAGUACAUGCAUUUACUUCUUGGUGCCUUCUGGAAGUUCGUCUCACCUUCACCGGAUACCAUGUGCAGAAACAUGGCAUUUUUAUAUCGGAGAGCCACUUACGGUAAUGGAACUAAAUGAGACUGAUGGCAAGGUGAAGUUAACUUGCAUCGGACCCGACCCGCUUGCAGAUGAUCAACUGGUGCAGUACACGGUACCUCCAAACGUAUGGUUUGGCGCAUUUCCUACAAGGGACUUCAACAUUUCUGCCGAUAUGAAAGUAACGAAAGCGCCUGCAAGGGAUGGUGAGAAGCACUUCUCUUUAGUUGGAUGCACCUGUGCUCCAGCAUUCCAGUUUGAAGAUUUUGAACUGGCGAAACGUUCUGAGCUUGUUUCGCGUUUUCCUGCUCAUGAAUCCCUUGUCUCUUUGCUCACCUUCCCCGAGUGAGAGUGAACAUGCUUAGUCUUUUGUUUCUUUAAAAGAUCUGUAAAACUUAAUAUUGUCUUCAAUUCCGUCAUAUUUGGGCAACCUGAACAGUUGCUCAUUUCCUGUCUAACUUUAGUAUUCAAGUAUUGGUGUGUAAUUUGAUCUGAGUGUCAAUAAAAGGUGAUCAGUGAGCUAUUUAGUUGAAUAA